CUGAAACAAAAUGGGAGGAUGCCUAUCUAGUUCGUCAAAAAAGGAAAGGUCUAAGCAACCCAUCAGACCGAUUGGUGACUCUAAGAGCAAAUAAAGCCCAAAAGAAAUCUCGAAAGAAGGCUUCAAAAAUCCCAGCAAUGGCUCAUUCCGACCUGACCGCCCUCUACAAAGAAAUCACAGGCUUUCAGACACAGUUUAAUGACCAGAGCCAAGUCUGGCUAGUCCUUAAUAAAGCGAAAGAUUUUGAGGUGAUGCAAGCGAUGAGUAAAAAGAUGCCAGAUGUUAAGGAACUUGACGUUCAAGGUAUUUCGGAAGAGAAGAAUGAACAAGUGCAGAGCUUCUUAGAGCUCUACUUCCCAAACACAGUGGGAUCAUUUGAGUUCCACUACGGUUCUCCUCUCACCUCUAUCACCCCUUUCAUGGAAGGAAUGGAAGUAGCUAGCAAGAAGGUUACUACCAAAAUGAGGAUUUACAAUUUUGAAAUUGGAGAGCAGGAAUUAUUCGACCUCUUCAUUUGGAAUAAAUCAAAAGACUGGAUAGGCCUAAGAGAAUGUACACUUUCUUUAUCUGAAAUCCCCAAUUUUAAAUCUUCACUUAAAGGAAGUACUUUACGAAUCCUUGAUUUAAGCGAAUGAGGGUCGAGUAGUCAUGGAGAUUGGAGCAAAAAUCCCCAAGAAUUUGAGAAUCUUGUUGAAGGUCUAGCUAUUUCUGAAGAUUUUAAGGCUAACUUACAAGAGCUUUGGAUGACUAACUGUGGUUUUUCUGAGACACAAAUAUACCAGGUGCUAAAGAAGCACGGCUUACAGCAUGUUAAUAUUUACGGAGCCAGAUAAACCUAGGCUGGACUGUUU